AGUUGAAGAAGCGCUGAUGUACACGUUGCGGUGUGCGUCCUCAAUCAGCGUGAUUAGUAACAACCUGAGGAGAAAGGAGAAUUAAUCAGAAUGACGUCUUUCGCGUACUGUUUCGCAAUAUGUCUUUGCGUCCUAGUGAACGCGGAGGCGUCACUUUACGACGACGAUUACGACACCUACACUAAGGCGUACGACUAUAAAACAUCAGAAAGCCGUACCUGUACAUCGGCAGAAUUCCGCUGCAAAACCGGACGAUGCAUCCCAAUAUCAUGGCGGUGUGACAACGAGAAGGACUGUUCAGAUGGCUCAGAUGAAGAACCAGGCACUUGCAAAGUGGAGGCCUGCGGUCCAGAAGAGUUCACCUGUCGGGGGAAACGCGGAGAAUGCGUGCCGCUCACUUGGAUGUGCGACGACAACCCGGACUGCUCGGAUGGAUCUGAUGAGAAAGCAUGCAAUGAGACCUGUCGCUCGGACGAAUUUACCUGUGGCAACGGCAAAUGUAUACAGCAGAGAUGGGUAUGCGAUGGCGAUGACGACUGCGGUGACGACAGCGACGAGGCCAAAUGUCCCGCGCCUACCUGCCAACCGCACACACACUUCUCUUGUGCGGAUGGACACUGCAUAUCGGCAUGGUGGCGUUGCGACGGAGACAUCGACUGCCCUGAUGCUAGCGAUGAAAUGGGAUGCGCCACGACACCGAAAGUGACAUCGCCGUGCAUAUCAACAGAAUUCGAAUGUAAAGACCGUAUGACCUGCGUCCAUAAAGCUUGGGUGUGCGACGGAGAUAAGGAUUGCCCAGACGGAGGAGACGAGGCUCCAGGGAUCUGUCGCGGGAACGUUACCUGCAGACUCGACCAAUUCCAAUGCAAAGAUCACAGCUGCAUUCCUGGCGCCCUGUACUGUAACGGAGAUAAGGAUUGCCCUGACGGCAGCGAUGAAUUCAACUGCACGCGCGCUAAGCCAGUUUGUGACAAGAAAACUGAGUUCGACUGUGGCGGAUCCAUGUGUAUCCCUCUCUCGAAAGUUUGCGACAAAAAGCCCGACUGUCCCAACUUCGAGGACGAGCCGCGCGACAAGUGCGGCGCAAACGAGUGCGCGAAAAACAAUGGCGGAUGCACACAACGCUGCGUCGACACACCCGUCGGAUAUUACUGCGACUGCGACAAAGGAUACAAACUGGUUGAUAACAGGACGUGUGAAGACGUGGACGAAUGUGCCGAUCCAGGGGCGUGCUCACAAAUGUGCAUUAACGAGAAGGGAACCUUCAAGUGCGAAUGCCACGCCGGCUACGCCAGGGACCCGAGAGACCGAACUAGGUGCAAGGCUACUGAAGGACACCCGUCCCUGCUCUUUGCCAGACGAUUUGAUAUCAGGAAGAUCAGUUUAGACCACCACGAAAUGGUGGCCAUCGUCAACGACACCAAGUCGGCAACCGCGCUUGAUUACGUGUUCAGAACAGGCAUGAUCUUCUGGAGCGAUGUUACCGAUGAAAAGAUAUACAAAGCACCUAUCGACGAAGGUACACAGAGAACAGUCGUCAUCGGCGAACAGCUGAUAACUUCCGAUGGCUUGGCAGUCGACUGGAUCUACAACCAUCUCUACUGGACGGACACUGGCAAAAAUCACAUAGAACUGUCAGACCUGCAGGGCAACAUGAGGAAAAUAUUGAUCAGGGACAGAUUGGAGGAGCCUAGAGCCAUCGCGCUGAAUCCUCUUGAUGGGUGGAUGUACUGGACUGACUGGGGUCAGGUGCCGAAGAUCGAGCGAGCCGGUAUGGAUGGCUCGCAUCGACAGACCAUCGUGUCCUACGACGUCAAAUGGCCCAAUGGUUUGACGUUGGACCUCGUACGCAAGCGUGUGUACUGGGUGGAUGCAAAAAUGAACACCAUCUCCUCUUGCAACUACGACGGUACCGGGCGCAGGGUGAUCCUCUACUCCACUGAUGUACUUCGUCAUCCGUUCUCGAUCACCACCUUCGAAGAUUGGGUGUACUGGACCGAUUGGGACAAGACUGCCGUGUACCGAGCCAACAAGUUCAACGGGAAAGAUGUUGAGGCUAUCACGUCUACACACACUCUCCAGAAUCCCAUGGUGAUUCAUGUGUACCACCCUUACCGCCAACCCGACGGGGUGAACCACUGCGCGGCAGUCAACGGCCACUGCUCUCACCUCUGCCUGCCAGCACCCAGGAUAGGACCUAAUUCGCCUCGCGUCUCCUGCGCCUGUCCAAAUGGUCUCAGACUGUUGCCAGACAACCUGAUGUGCGUCGAAGACAAUUCGGAACAAGAUGUGGAAGUGCAAAAACAGAAUGUUGGUACAAAACCUCCUAUAAUAAAUGAAGAAAAAUCUGUUACCAGUGUCCCCGAAACGCCCAAGACUGGCACAGAAAUCUCAAGCAGCGACCGUAACGCGGGUGUGGUGGCGGCCGUCGUUGUAGGCGUCAUCACCGUAGUUAUAAUUCUAGUAGCACUGAUCGCUAUGCUCGUGUACCGUCACUACGUGCACCGCAACGUCAGAUCUAUGAACUUCGACAACCCGGUGUACCGCAAGCAAACAGAAGACCAAUUCGCACUGGAGAAAAAUGGUUAUGCACCGGGAUCGAAGCUGUACCCGAGCACUGUGGGAGAGGAGGCCCAAGAACCACUCAAUACACCAGCUACAAAUGACUUUGUAUAGUGUGCAAGCCGGCAGCAAAUAUAUUACUGUCUCAUUAAAUGUGAAAAGAAAAAGAAGGACAUGUGAUACUUAAAAUAGUGUUAAACCAGUGAAUGGGACAUAAAUAAGCUAAAGUUUUGUAGGAAACUCUAAAAUAGAGUUAGCUUUAGUGCAGUGAAGUGUGAUGCUUACUUGAACAAAGUUCUGUCGAUGUCAUGCGUCGUGUUGGAUCUCAAAGUAAGGUUUUCUAUGGAACUCCUUACAAUAUCCGUAUUAAAAAGCGUAAUGAGAUCUUCAAAAAAGCUUUCUAUGCAACAACUACUUGAAUCACAUUUACAACUUCAUGGGUACAUCAUACCAUGACUCUUUUUUGUCGUUAAUAAAUUUCUCAAUGAUCUUGUGGAUACAAUAGAAUUAACGUAUUCAACAGUAAAUGCCUGGCGCAUUGUAAUUAUUAUUGAUACAUUUUACAAUUUUUUAUAUUCCAAUUAAGUUAAGUGUCUGAUCGCUUUGCAAGAAUAGUUACUUUUUGUAAAAUGAAGUUAAGAUCAGUCCAUGCACAAAAAUGCUCAUUGCAAUUGCAUUUUAUAUAGAACAUGUACUUAUUUAUCGGAAAUUAUGAUUCGUUUUGAAACUCAAACUUUGUACUGAUUUAUUAUACAAGUUUUGAUAUACCUACUAAAAGACAGUCACUAACUUAUUUUGAUGUAUAUUCCUAUAGAUUAAAUAAAAUUAUUUAUUUAUUGAUAUAUAAAGACACACUGAAUUAUCUAGGCUAAUUAAAUGAAAUGCUGUGUGUGCCAAAUUAGAGAAAAUUAAUUUGCCAAAUUUAUCAUUACAUAUUUAAUGAACAUGAAUUUAUGUAAGUACUAUUUUUUUUAACAAUUUUUCUCUUCUGACUACAUGACAAAAAUGUGUUGCCAUGUAUUUAUUUGAAUUUAUAAAACGUUGUUAUACAAUGCUGUUUUUCAAUAUAUAAUAUUUUAUGUAACGGUUGUGUUUACCAUCCAAUAUUAUUAUAUCAUUAGUAUUUAUAUUAAAUUAAAGUUUGGAAUGUGACAUCGUCGAUCAAAAUCCUGCCAAAUCUAAAAUUUUAGCUUAUCUGUAAUGUAAUUCGAUUACAUUAAAAAUAAUCUUGAUGCACAUUUCAGAAAUGCCUAGCUCAAUAAGUGUGGUCACUAAAAUUAUUGUGUAAAUAUUAUCAGUAAAAUAUAUGUAAAAUGUGUUAUUCAAUUUCUUUCAUUUACUCCUUUUUGUCGUUUUAAAUUGAGUUGCUAAACUUAUACUUAAUAAUAUGGGAUAGGCAUAGGCAUUCGCAUAAUGAUAGCCAAGAAACUGUAAUUCCCAAAUCUACGUCAUCACUAUCAAACGAUCUUUCAACUCCUAUCAUAAUACUAUUCAAUGUGACAUUAAAAUGGUAUUUAGAAUCACAAAUAAAUGAAAAGAUUUAUCAUUUCUCGUAGGUCACUAGAUUCAGACGUUCACGAAAAUUACAAUGGUAAAUUUCGCCGCGUUGUUUCAACUAUAACUAGACUACAGUUAAAAUACCCGAGAAAAAUACAUAUUAAUAAAAAUUUUACACAUUUACUAUGUACCUAUUUAUCGUGAAAUUAACAUUAAACAACGCGGCCUAAGUAUGUAAUGUUUGUAUUUGUAACUCAGGUGGUACUUAUAGCCACGCUUUUUACAAUUAAUUCCUAGCCAUUGCCAAAUCUUAAUUUAGGCGGAGGUGUGUCAAUGACGUGGCUCAACGGUAACCGACAUCCAAGCCAAAAAUACUUACACGGUAACACUAGUAGGUCAGAACUCAUAACAGCAAGACUACUUUUAAAAGAUCGACAUUGAUUAAUCUUAAUGAAUGCAACCUACUUAUCUACUACCUACUAACGGCUGCACACAAAGACGUCAUAUGGUUUUAAGUUUGAUUAAUAAUGCUGUUUGCUAUCACUUUUGCGGGGAUAACAAUCAAGUGAAACAAACAGAACUUUGACAAUAAUGAAAUUUAAUUAGCCUCUCUAAGGCCCAUAUUGUAGAAA